UGCCACACGGAACUUCCUAGACCCCACCCACCAACCUUUUGGAUUUGGGCACGUGUAACUCGUAAAUCCCGACCUCUCUCAUGCUCAGCCAAUUAAACGCAGCUCUUCGGUGUUUUUCCAUGUAACAUGGCUAAUUUUGUCCCUCUCUCUGAGCAACAGGAGGCCGAUGAAGCGACCGAAUCAAAACCGACGACGCAAAAGGUCAUUAGUCUUCUUAAUGAAGCGCAACUUGAGCAAAGACAGAAGAAAAUGGAUUGCCUAUAUCAGGUGAAAGAACUGGUUAUCAACAAAGAUCCUGACCUGCUAGACAGCUUCCUUGAUGAAGUUAUUGCUUUUCAGCAAGAUACUUCUCCAGAAGUGCGGAAGUUUGUCGUUCAGUUCAUGCAGGAUGCUUGUAAAACUGAUGAUGGACUUCUUGUGAGGGUUAUCCCAAUGCUGUCUUACAUGAUUGAAGAUUUAAAUAGUAGUGUUGUCAAGAGAGUUAUGACUGCAUUUAUGCAGCUCUACAUGAUGGCCUUUGUGAUAUCGCUCCUGUCAAGAGUUUGACAGACUUAUCCGAGGGAUCAGGGCUCUCCAGUUUUCCUGGAUGUUGACCAGGUUUACUGUGAACCAUCACCCAUUGGAAGUACACUGUGAAGUCAAAAAGCAGUCCGGAAGACAUAAAGGAGAUGUGGAAGGCACUUCAUGAAACGAAGUUGAGAGCUGUUGAUAUGCUUGAAGCUGAAAAUGAUGGGAUUCGUACAAUGGCAAUCAAGUUUAUUGAAAUUGUGAUUUUAGCUCAAACAACCAAAGAACCGGUAUGAAAACCUCUUGAAAGCAUGUUUUAUGACAUAUUUUCUGUAUUGUUGGAUAUGCACGCUUUGUUGAAAAGUGGCAAUGUGAU